AUGGAAAGAAGUGAGCCGAACGCAGGCACGUCGCCAGAGGCACGUGCCCCUCGGGCCCUGCGCGGUGCCUCCCAGGCUCCCCAGGGUGCCGCAUUGGGCAGUUCUACUGCGGCCGCGACCAGCAGCGCCCUUCCUCUCGUCGGCGCGGGGCUUUUGGGCGCGGGAGCGGCAGCGCGCCGCUCUGCGCGCCAGGCUCGGAGAGCGAGGGCCCGAUGUGUGCGGUUGGCGGAGAGCCGGUCCGCGCAGCUGCAGAAGCUGGUACACCUGGGAGGCAGCCCAGAAGAGAAGGCCCUCGUGGUGAAUCUGGAUAGCAACUUCUACGGCAGUUUCGCAGAGAUCGGAGCUGGCCAGGAGGUGUCGCGAACCUUCCUGCAAGCCGGCGCAGCUGCCGGCACCGUGGCGCGGUCAAUCUCCGCCUACGACAUGAAGAUGUCCGACCUGGAUUAUGGAAAGGCCGCGCGCUAUGUCACCCGAGAGAGGGUGGAGCAGAUGCUGAACAAGGAGUACGAUGUGGUGGAGAAGAACCUCCGAUCUACCAAAGGCGAGAGGUUUAGGGUUCAGGGUUUAGGGGGGGCACAUAUAAUGCUAGAAUCUGGAGAGACGCGAACAAGAGGAAGGUCCCCAGAAAUAGGGAUGCUGGCAUAA